CUACAGUCAAUCAGCAUUUGUUCUAGAUACUUCAAAUACUAUGACCUAGCCGCACAGCAGCCCGCACAGAUCUGAGUUCAGAGAGCAGUUAAAGAGCUUUAUGCCGUAUGUGCUAGAGAGAGACAGAGAGCGAGUGCCAGUGUGAGACAGAGAGAGUGGAAGCUUAAGCGCCUGGCAGCAGCCUGCAGCCCACAAAAUGUCCUUCGGUUAGUAACAGAAAACUAUUGAGAGCAGCCAGGUCUAGGCUGAGUAGCUGAGUCGAGACGAGACGAGAGUUGAGUAGGCUGUCAUAAAAUCAAUUUUAAUUAAUGCAGCAAUAGUAUAGCCUAGCAGCAAUCUAAAAUAACAAUAAUAAUAUUAAUAAUACUAAUUAUAAAUAUCAUCAAUAAAUGGCACAACUUGUAUUAAAUGGUUCAGCGAACAAUAAUGGCAGCGCUGAGGAGAAUGAGCCCUAUCCCAUUAGCGACGAUGAGCUGGAUGACCUGGACGAUGACUGUCUGCUGGAGGAGGCAGAUCUGUCGGGCGGCGUGAAUAGCAUAGGCCGUGGUCCAUACGAGCGCGCCUGGACAACGGAAGCAACGCGUGCGCUCAUACACAUACGUGGACCUAUGGAGGGCAGCUUUACGGAGGGCAGGCAGAAGCGAACGGCACUGUGGCUGCACUGCACGCGGCAGCUGCAGCGGCUGGGCUUCCGCUACAGCGCGGCCAAGGUGCAAAAGAAGUGGCACAACAUACUCAUCACCUACAACAAGAAUCUGAACAAGAAAUACGUGUCCGGCUAUGUGCACUGGGAGUUCUUCGAGGAGAUGUUCAAGUAUUUGCAGGGCAAGAAGGCCGACUUUGAUAUGCAGCUGCAGCCGCCACAGACGCCGACGCAGCAACAGCAGCAGCAGCAGCAACAGUCUCAGGCGCAACAGCAACCGCAACAGUCGCAGCAGCAACCACAGCAGUCACAGCAACAGCAGCAAGCGGAUUUUCAAAAGAAGCCAGCAACGCCGCAAGACUCUCAGCCCUAUAUAACGCCCGUGGAUCAGGUGCUGCUGCAGCCGCAGGUGCAGUUGCAGCUGCAGCUCGAUAGCAAAUCGAAUGAUGAAUUCGAUGAGGACAGCAAUAGUUUGUCGGAGGUGCGACAGCCCAAGCUGGAGUACGAUGCCGAUCAGACGGGCAGCACCAGCAUUCAGGAGCAACCGGAUAGCCAAGAGAUGGUGAUGGCUUCGUCGGGCAAGCUGUACGAACAGUUGGCGCCGCCGCCGCCGCCUCAGGACGAUGUCUGGUGGAAGGAUUACUUCGAGCGCAAGCUGGACGUGGAGCGUGAGAAGAUGGAGCUGCAGCGGAAUUUGCAACGCGAACAGCUGCAAAUCCAAAAGAUGUCCUUGGUGCAGCAGGAGCGCAUCGAGCGCAUGAAAAUCGAUGCCAUCAACAGUCUGACAGCCACGCUGCAGAAGCUCGUCGAGGCCAAGUGCCGCCGGGCCUAGAGGGAGUCGAGCACUAAGGCUGAAGCACAACAAAACAGUAUUAAACUAAGUUCCAAUGCAUAUCCUGUCUACUUGAUGUGUAAUCCUUAUCUCUGUGUAAAUA